AUGGAUUUUGUGUUCAUCAUCGACAGCUCGCGCAGCGUGCGCCCGCGCGAUUACGAGAAGGUGAAGGCCUUCAUCGAGAGCGUACUGCAAUUCCUGGAUGUGGAACACGAGGCCACGCGCGUCGGCCUGCUGCAGUACGGCAGCGUGGUGCAGAACGAGUUCUCCCUCAAGACCUUCCAGAGGAAGGAGGACAUCCAGCGAGCCGUGAGGGACAUGAGCCACCUGGCCAGCGGCACCAUGACGGGCCUCGCCAUCCAAUACGCCAUGGAUGUGGCCUUCACGGAGGCUGAGGGCGCGCGGCCGGCACACGCCCGCGUGCCGCGCGUCGCCAUGGUGAUCACCGACGGCCGGCCGCAGGACACGGUGGACGAGGUAGCCGACAGGGCGCGGGCCGCCGGUAUCCGGAUCUACGCCGUAGGUGUGGGACGGGUGGACAUGAACACGUUACGAGCCAUCGGCAGCCAACCCCACACCGAGCACGUCUACCUGGUGGCCAACUUCAGCCAGAUGGAAAGUCUCACAGCCAUCUUCCAGGCCAAGCUGUGCGCAGACAACGACCCGUGUUCCACGGUCGACCACCAGUGUGAGCAUGGCUGUGUGAGCACCCCCGUCUCCUAUGCGUGCCGGUGCAGGGAAGGCUACACCCUCAACCCUGACAACAAGACCUGCCGUGAGCAGGAAGCGUGCGCUGUGGUGGAACACGGGUGCGAGCACAUCUGCGUCAACCUGCCCGGAUCCUACGAGUGUCGCUGCCGGAAUGGAUACGAGCUCAACGAGGAUGGAAAGAGCUGCCGUAGGAUUGACUACUGUGACCUGGGAGAGCACGGCUGUGAGCACGACUGCGUCAGCACCGCGGAUUCCUACGUGUGCCGGUGCAAGAAGGGCUUCGUCCUCAAUGCUGACAGCAAGAGCUGCGGGAAAACAAACAGAUGUGCGCUGGGUUUGCACGGCUGCCAUCACGAGUGUGUGAACACCGAAGAGUCCUUUAUUUGUCGUUGCCGUAGGGGCUACGCCCUGAACCCUGAUGGAAAAACCUGUACAAAAACAGACCAGUGUGCGCUGGGUUCGCAUGGCUGCCAUCACGAGUGUGUGAACACCGAGGAUUCCUUUGAGUGUCGAUGCCGUGGGGGCUACGCCCUGAACCCCGAUGGAAAAACCUGUACAAGUUUGGACAUGUGCAGCACGCUGGACCACGGCUGUGAGCACCUGUGUGUUGGGACACACGACUCAUUUGUGUGCCGCUGCUUUGAGGGAUACAUCCUGGAGGAGGAUGGCAGGAGGUGCAAACGGUCCGCUUGCGGGGAGAUGGACCUGAUUUUCGUGAUCGACGGCUCCAAGAGCCUGGGUGCGGCCAACUUCGAGCUGGUGAAGCGCUUUGUCGGCGCCAUUGUGGACUUUCUGGACGUGUCCCCCCUGGCCACGCAGGUAGGGCUGCUGCAGUACUCCACCAAGGUGCGCGCCGAGUUCACCCUGGGCCAGUUCUCCUCGGGCCUCGCUGUCAAGGAGGCCGUCUCCCGCGUGCAGUACAUGGGCCGCGGCUCCAUGACGGGCUCCGCCCUGCGCCACAUGGUUGAGCUCAGCUUCUCCGCAAGGGAGGGGGCACGACCCGGUGUCUCCCGCGUGAGCAUCGUCUUCACCGAUGGCCGGUCCCAGGAUGAUGUCUCCAAAUGGGCUGCCAAGGCGCAUGCCGCCGGUAUCACCAUGUAUGCAGUUGGGGUGGGAAAGGCCAUAGAGGGAGAACUGCGGGAAAUUGCCUCGGAGCCUGACGACAUGCACCUCCACUACGCCAAGGACUUCAGGCGCAUGGACCAGGUCGCGGACAAACUGAAGUCUCGGAUAUGUGCAGGAACAGAACAAAACCCCCAAGAGCGGUGCAGGUGCGAGAGCAUGGUGGCUUUCCAGAACCAGGCUGCAGAGCAGCUGAAGAAACUCACCCUCAGACUGGAGCUCAUGUCCAAGAAGCUGGAGACCCUGGAAAAUCUCUUGGGACACAACUGAAGAGCCGUCCAGCAGCUGUUGUGUUAAGGAAUAUUGCUGAUGCAAAACCCAUAAAGGCAUUUGCCUUGAGCAGGGUACUUACCUUGUAUAUUCUGCUUAGAGAAGGUAAAAUGAACAGUGGGUGGAAGGUAGUAGGCAUUACACAAACUCUGGUAAAGGGGUAUUAUAAUGUGAAGUCAUUUAACCCAACAUACAUAUUUGAAUGUUAAAGUUAUAAAUCAUCUAGCAAGUUGCUACAUUGACUUCUAAACACCUACAGCCUUUUGUGUAAAUUAUAUUUGUUCUUGGACAUGAGCUGAAGAACAGCUUGUCUAUUUUUGGUCAUGCAUUUUUAAACCAGUACAAUUUAAUCCAUUAUCAGGGCAGUUUGUAAUCAGACCUUCGUGAAUGUGUAUUCAUAGACUUUUACAGAUCUAGACCACCUGGUACACGCCUGCAA